GUUCCAUGGAAAACGUACGACACACACACACACACUCUCUCUCUCUCUGUGGUGGACAAUCGUAACCUUUUGCCACCUCCCCCAAAAAAGGCACGCUCUAGACCUUUUGUUUUUUUCCCUUUUAUUUUAUCUCUUCUCUCUCUCUCUCCCUCCCUCCCCCUCUCUCACUUCUUCUUCUUCUUCUUCCUUCCUCUCGUUUCGUCCAUUCCAAUUCCUUUUCAUAUCUUAGCAUACCCUUCCCCAUCCCUAUCCUACAUACAAAACCACCCCUUUCCAAUCAUUAUUAAUGGCUGUUGAGCUGCUUUAGAUGGUCAUCAAAAGGAAUCCCUCUUACAGCUCUCUCGUUCUGCGCGCUUUUUUCCUGCUCUUCUUCAUCUCGUCCCUGAUUCUGGUUUCAGCCGAUGAGGAGCAAUCCGAUCAUUCGGAAGACCACAAUGCUCACUCAUAUUCGUCGUCCGUUUCAGCGAACGCCACGUCUUUAGCAUCAUCUUCGUCAUAUCAUCCUACAUCAACCACGACUACCGCGCACGAGCCAGAAGAAACCUCGCCUGAUUUUUGGGACAAGGUUUCGGAUUUCUUUCAUGGUGGAAGCGAUGAUACAGAAUCCUCCACCACGCCAACGCCUACACCGACCCCGUCGAAAUCGAGUGGUAAAGACGACGAUGAUGACGAUGAUCCUGCUACGACCACGACUACUACAUCAGCAUCAAAGGCAUUCGACAAAGGUGAUGAUGACGACGAAGAUACAAAGUCCACCACAACAUCGCCAUCACCUACGCCGACACCAUCGGAUGCUGACGAUGAUAGUAGUAAAGCCAAAGACGACGAUGAUGAAGAUGACAUAGCAGCAACUUCUAAAACUACAAAAACUACUACUACCACCACCACAUCGACAACAACAACAACAACAACAACGGCCGAGCCUAAAGAAACGGACAAGGAGAAAGAACCUAGUGAAUCAAAGGACCCUGAAUCGACAACCACAACCACAACAAAGACGCCAACGCCAACGCCUUCCGGUGCAAAGGACGAUGACGAAGAGCAAGGUCCCGUUGCGAGCUGGUUCUCGAGCGUUUUCAACCCCAAGCCAUCAAAGUCCAGCUGUGAUGAGGACGAUGACGAGGAUUGCAAGACCACUUCAACAACCACGACAACUGCCAAACCAACGAAAACGCCAGACCAGCAGUGUGAUCCCGACGAAGAUGAAGAUUGCGACGCCACUACCACCACGACCACGACUACUAAACCGACCAAGUCUCCAACAGAUGCGUGUGACGACUCGGACGAUGAAGAUUGCUCCACUGCCAAAACGACGUCGUCAACCACGACUACCAAGAAAGAAACACCUACUGCGGCGCCUGAUUAUUGCACUGGUGACGAUGACGACGAUGAAGAUUGCAUUGCUGCCUCUUCUACUGCGACCACAAAGAAACCGACCACGACCGCUGCUCCAGAGGACUGUGAUGAAGAUGAUAAAGAUUGUGAAGCAAAGCCUACAGCUACUACCACCACAACGCAUGAUCUUACCAACGACAGUGGCUGCCAUUUGCGUACCGAUGGCGAUUUGCUCGGUUGUGGUAGUGGCUCAAAGCCAACUGAUUCAUCUGCUUCUUCGUCUAGUGUGCCCUCUGCGACCAUUACAUCUGCGCCAGGCAACGACGACGACGACGAUGAUGAUGAUGAUGAUAACAAGCCCAGCGAAUCGUCGUCCGAUUUGGUUGAAUCGAACUCGGUUAGCAAGAGUUAUGAUGGUGCCACUACGUUUUGGACCACGUACGUGACAUGGGUCCCCGAGCCAUCGUCCGACGACGGUUGGUCUUCAUCGUCCAGUGACUACACAGCAACUUCUACGGACGACAGCUGGUCUUCAUCGUUCAGUGAUUACACACCAACUGCUUCAUCAACAACAACAACAACAACAACUGCGUCUUUUGCCAAUGACGAUGAUGAUGAUGACAAAGAACACAAUGGUGUGUACUCCACUUCCACUACGUCUACUGUGCAUGAAUCAUCAUCGACUACCACCUCUACUACUAAAGAAGAAUGGGCCACCCCAUCAACGACUACCACUGAGGAGCCGACAAUGACUCCUCCUCCUUCCACGACCACGGAAGAGCCGACGACAACCACGGCGACAACCACGACUGAAGAUGAGGAAGAAGAGACGUUCACACCUUCCUCCACUUACAAGUACCAGACCUACUCGUGGCUUUCAAACACGUUCAGCAUUGCAUUGGAGACGGACACGACCACCACAACCACCACCACAAUUGCUUCUGCAGAAACAACCACGCCCAACGAUGGAAGCGCUACCGCCACUCCCUCUACUACCACAACGACCACGCCAAGUGCAACGCCUUCCAGCAGCGAUGACGAUGAAAACUUACCUCAAUUCAUUGCGCCCAACAUCAAUGCGAUUAUUCCAGCCAGAUUGUUGCAGUCAAGUUCAACUACUUGUCCUACCCACAAAUGGUGAACGAUGCGAUCUUGACUGCCGAGUUUGUCCAGUCACUCCCGGUCUUCAUUAGCAAGUCGCUUGGCGUCUCUGCCGACGACGUGAUUGUCGUGUCGAUCACGACAGCCGGCAGCAACAGCAGCGACCAGAAGAGUAGCAGCAAAAAGAAACGCGACGAAGAGCAGUUGGAUGAAUCCAGCAGCA